AUGCGGAUCCGUAGGAGUGCUGCUCGCUUAAUCGGCUCCGCCUACUCCGCACCAUCGGCUUCGUCUCCCAUGUUCCCAUCGCCAUCACCCCCGCUCGGAUCUGGUACUGCUGGUGACUUCCCAAGAUCUGCAACUAACUGCAAGGAUAUCUGCAUGCUCAGCCGCUCACCAUGGGACCUUAUCAAUGACCUCCCCCUCUCUAAUCCCCAGGUGGUUGAUGACCUGCUGGACAUCUAUCACGUGGAUUUGAACAACAGGACAUGUUGGCUCUUCCCACGCAGCAUGCCAACCAUGAUUGUGAACAAAAAGAAGACAAAGCGAGCCAUGGAUGCGGCUGGCAAGGACAAAGCACAAGUGCAGACAUCGAACAAGAUUGUAGCGAAGAAGGAGAAGAUGCCAAAGAAGAUUAUGAAGAAAAUGAAGAAGGAGAACAUGGAGGGUGAGGCCAAGAAGAAGGCAAAGGUGAAGAUUGAAGAGGGUGAGGAAAGGGCACCACAAGACUUUAUGUGCAAGAAGAAUGAUGGCAAGGGGUGGUAUUGCAAACAACGAGUGAGCCUCCCCAACACCCUCUGUGAGCAUCAUGUUAGGAAGAAGGUCUCCUACUUGAAGCCAAAGUUGGCUUCGCCAGUAGAGGAAGAGAAGGUGGUGGUGAUGGCACUAGCAGUAGGCUCUAAGCCUUGCAGUAGCUCCAAGACGCGAGAGAAGAAGCCCACUAACCACUUUAAAACAACUGGAGACUUCUACUACUAUGAUGGGUUUGGACCAUUACUUGGCAAGAAGUAUUGUAGGAGCACCACUCAUGGCUCUGCACCUCUAGCUCCCAAACAAGAAGAGGUGAAACUACAACUACCCAAAGAUGUUUCUCCUCCAAAUCAGGCUAAAGUUGUUGUGGGCAUCGAUGAAGGGAGAAUCGACAAUGACUAUGACCCUGAUUCCUCUAGCCGCAACAUCAACUUAAAGAGGAAUGGGAAUCCAUGGAAGCGCUGGAGGAAGCCCGUGAAGGCACGAUCCCUCAAGUCAUUGGUGUAAGCAAAAGCAACCGGUGCAUGCACAUGGUUGCAGAAGAGAAGUCGCUUUGUUAUUCUCGAGCUCUCGUAGCUUACUUUUUUUUUUCAAUAUUGUUAUUGAUAUGGCUUGGUGUCUAAGCUGUAUGACAUUUGCAUUUCCUUUGGUUCGUUGUUUCGUGUAAUAA